AUGGCAUCCGACGAGCCGCCAAACCCCAUGGCUGAGUCCGGGGUCACGAUCCGGUCAGACAGCGAGCAAUAUUCAAACCACGAAGAACUUGUAACCUCGCCGCCCUCCUCCUCGUCUCCAGCCGUCAUUCUCUACCAACCACCCACCAUCUGGUCCAUUCUCCGCGGCGCCGCCAUCAACUUGCUGCUACCGUUUGUUAAUGGCAUGAUGCUUGGUUUCGGCGAGCUCUUUGCGCAUGAGGCGGCGUUCAGGCUAGGGUGGAGCAACACGAGGGUACAUCUCCCUACCACAGCCCCACUUCCUACUGCCGUACAAGAUGCUUCCCAGCAGAGGCGUCCUCCGAUUCAGCCCGGCCUUGGGGUUCGCAAGGACAGUGACACGGCAUUGCGCGAGAACGGGGGCGCUCUGAAUGGGUCAUACACAACACGCAGGAUAGGCAGGCCCGUGGCCGUGACCGCAGCCUCCCAGCAACUCGUUUUCUCGCUCCGGAAAGCUCGCAACGCCUCGACACAGUCGACUACCCCCCCGGUUCCCGAUGCCUCGACCCUCGCCGACGUCACCGGAACUCCCGUUAAGCUGACCGGGAGCGAUCUUCUGGACAUUCCGGAGCAAAUUGGGUUCCUAAAAACCCUCGGCCUUGAGUACGGCUGGGGCCCGUCCUCCGUCCUGCAGUCCCUGCUCGAGUCAAUCUACAUCUACACCGGCCUCCCAUGGUGGGCAUCCAUCGCCAUUCUCGCUGUCGGCGUCCGAUUGGCUCUCUUCAAACCCGCCCUGGACGCUUCCGAGAACGCGCAGAAGUACCAAGAGCUGCUGAAGGACCCAAAAUACACUGCUGCGACCGAGGAGGUGAAGCGCAUGCUGGUCACUGGCAACCACCUUGCUGGCGCCGAGGCUCGGGCCAAGGUUAGCCUGAUGAACAAGGCAGCUGGCUACUCGAUGUGGAAGAGCGUUCUCCCCAUGAUACAGAUUCCCAUUACAUUUUGCAUGUUCCGCAUUAUUAGGGGCAUGUCGUCUCUCCCGGUUCCCUCGUUCGAAACCGGCGGCCUACUGUGGUUUACCGACCUGACCGUUUCCGACCCGCUCUUCAUAUUGCCAAUUGCCACAGGUCUUCUUGUUAUGCUGGGUAUCAGAAUACCGCUUCCCUAUAUGGCGCCCCAGCAGCAAAAGAUCAUGAAGAUUAUGAGCCUUGUCGUCAUGCCGAUUUCGACUGCCGUCUCGCUUUUCUUCCCCGCCGGCCUGACAUGGUACUUCUUCGUCACAUCUCUAUUGCACACUGCCCAAACAUGGUUUCUGCACCAGCCAUGGUUCCGGCGCUUGGCCAGGCUGAAACCACUAUCGAUAGACCUUGGGCCGACCGGAGGGUCAUGGCAGGCGCCGCGUGUCGUCGACAUAAGCGCUCCUAGGGUUACGCCGAUCCAACGUGCCGCCACACCCCGUUCCGAGUCGAUCGUCGGCAGCAUCAAGUCUACCCUCGCGGACGCCAAGGAGAAGUUGAAUGAACGCUCAGACAAGGCUUCGUUGGAACGUACCCACAAGGCGGCCCGCGAAUACGAGGAGAAGCGGGCACUAGAAGAGAAGGAAAGGAUUCUUGCCCGUCUGGAGCGGAAGCGUCUGAAGGAUGAGCAGUACUAA